CAGCCGGCGAGACCGGUCACCUCAGCUGUCAUGUUUUGUGUUAUAGUUACCACGUUCCUAGUUUUAUCUACAGCUUUAGCUCUUCACGCUUCUAGAUAUAAUUCAAUACCUCGACUUACAGAAUUUGGAAGGACAACAAAUUCUGAUGUGCUGACCACCUCUGCAUAUCUUUCUGAGAGAAUACCCAUGGCAAGGCAGCGACGACAGACCCUCUCUGUAGUUUUGCCUCCAUGGCUGGCCAAACAAAGGGAGUCAGUAGCUUGGUUAUUUCCUGAAGAACUCUGCCCCCCACUGCAGUCACCGAGGUUAGACAUAACCUGUAUGUAUAACAAUGCUGUUGUGCCCUGUGAUGUACCUAUGUUACCUGGUACUGUCGCAAUAGAACGGUGUAAAGAAUUCUACAACAAUCAAUGUCAAGUGGUGUCUUACUCAUUGCAUUGUCUCGAGGGUGGAUCAUGGGACUACCCACUCUUCAUCUGCAAACCAGCCGACGUGUGUAAGCAGGAAGGCAAAAAAUACUGGACGUGGAAAAGAGAGAGCGAAUGUGAGUCGCAUAAAGGUACAGGAAACGGAACACCAUCUGGGAAAUGCAAUAUUAUAAACCAGGAUCCCUAUGUUUGCUGUGAACUAAAUUAUACUACAAACAGAGCACCCGUGGUACUACAACCCGCGGAUAGAAAAAGUGUCAAAAUGUGUAAGAGAUACGCAGAGGCGGUGUUCCAGUCAGUUGUUCUACCAAACAAAGUUACCCCUGAAAGGAUAGACUCUUGUGCCCUAGUAGAGCCUAUAGCAGCUGCAGCACCGACAAGCUAUGACCAUGUACCUGACCCUCCCAGGAAUGCUCAGCCUAGAGAGUUUCCUCAUAUGGCUGUUAUCGGAUAUGGAGUUAAAAGUAUGAAGCGGCCUAUGGUCAGAUGCGUAGGCAGCCUAGUUAGUGAGCGUUAUGUCAUCAGUUUGGCUAGAUGUGCAAAUAACCAUCUAGGGAAGGCAGCAUGGGUCAGACUUGGCGAUUAUAACGUCAACUCGGAUUCAGACGACGUCAACAGAGAAUCUCGCACUGUCAUAUAUGACGUCAUAGAAACCAUCGUACACCCAGAUUAUCAAGAAUUGCACGAACCAAACGAGAUAUUCUACCAUGACGUAGCCUUGUACAGGCUGAAUACUGACGUCAAAUUCGACGAAUACGUGCGGCCAAUUUGUCUCCAUUCGGGGAACCGGUUUGACCAAACGUUCGCCUUAAAUAUUGGCUGGGGACCUGUUGAACCAGGGAGCAGGCCUAGUGAUGUCGUUCAGAAAGUGAAUGUUACCAUCGUAGACGACGCAGACUGUAGAGAGGCCUUCAAGUUCUACGGGGAACUCAAUGAAGGACUCGACACAAGACUGGCUGUCUGCGCUGCUCUCACAGACGGACGAGAUACUUGCACUAGUAUAGAUGGCAGCCCACUACAGAUCCGACUGCGAGAUACUUACUGCAUGUACAGCCUUGUAGGACUCGGCUACUUCGGCAACUCUUGUUUCGUCAAGUCUCCGGGAGUGUAUGUCAGAGUGUCUUACUACUUGGAUUGGAUCGAGAGUGUAGUUUGGCCUUGA